UGACCCUCUAUCCCUUUCCCCGCCUUCAGGCACCUCAAACCCUAGAUCUGCCCCUAUUUCUUUUUUUGCGCCGGCAGAGGGGAACGACGAAAUCCCACCCUGUGCCCCACGUAUUGUGGCAACCGGGGUGUAGCAGUGUUUGUUCCAGCCUUGAAAAAGAUGCGGAAAACUAAGAGAGGUGGUGGUGAUCUCGCUAGAAGCUCUCAUAAGAACAGAAGAGCUUGCGAGACUGAGUGGGUCUCAGGUUGCUUGCUUGAUGAGGACUCUAAUCAAGAUGUUUGCACUGAGCUAUCUGAUGUUGUUAAAUCACACUUUCGUAAAAGUGUUGCCUCAAUUUCCUUGUGCAAUGGAGACAUAACCUUAUUUUCAUGCUCGGGCAUAGCUAUAGCACGCCAUGGGCCUUAUCUUACAAGGUUUCUGACUUCUGCAAGUUUAGCUAGAGCUUUUGAUGGUAAAACAAAUGAACACUAUUAUGACUUAAAGAUUAAAGUGUGCCAUGAAGGCAAGGAAGUGUACAGGGGUUUUUUGGCUGAAUAUGAUUUAGAUCAUAACUUUGCUGUUGUCAACGUCCGUCGAUUCAUUGAUGUUCAUGUUGGAAUUUUCGAAUGUGUGCUGGAAUCUGUGCCCUAUGGUGAGGCAUAUGUAGUUGGGCGUGGUGUCUCUGGUGAUCUAAUGGCCAGGAGUGUGGAACUGGGUGGUGAUUUAAGGGUAUCUAAGGAGGAUAAAGAUCUUGACAGUAAAACCUCAGAGGCUUGGGAAGGUGGAUCAGUUUUUUCUUUUGAUGGGAAAUUUAUUGGCAUGAACCUUUUUUUGGUUCCUGGAAGAGCUGUUUUCCUACCAUGGAGCACUAUUUCCAAGCGUCUGGAGUGUUACUGGACAUCCUGGCAAAAGGUGACUGGUCAGGUGCCGUUAGAAUGUUUGAGGGUUUACGGGUUUGGAGCACCCGUAGGUGGUAAAUCUAACAGCUAUCAAGAAGCACAUAGAGGUCUUCACAACAAGGAACAGUUAGAUCUGGACUCCAUGGGUUACCCUAAGUUACCAUCAACCAUGUUAGGUGCCAGAAUGAUUUUGGUCAAUACUUUUGAAGAGACUUUUGGCGAUAUGUGUGGUAAAGGUGUCUGGAGCAAACUUAGUGGAAAAGCAGCUUUCAGCAUACGUCGCAAUGUUGUCGCGCUGGCUUCAUUCAAUGGAGGAAAAAGGAUUUUUGCAUGCACGGGUUUUUUUAUCAAAUGGAAUGGAUCUUCAAUUAUUUUGACAUCAGCAAGCUUGAUUGGAAAUUCUGGUGACGUGGAUGAGAUUGUUGAAAACUUGAGGAUUGAAGUAUUGCUUCCGGACAAAAAGUGCGUAGAAGGGAAAUUAGAGCAUCACGAUCCGCAUUACAAUGUUGCUCUAGUCAGUGUCAGUGUCGAGGACCGCCGUGAUCUCCGUCCAGCAAAUACUCGGCUUUCUUGGUCCAAUUGUUACAAGGUAGCAGCUGUAGGGCGUUGCUUCAAAUCAGGUGCAUUAAUGGCUAUGGGUGGGGAGCUGGUUUCCUGGACAGGCACACUUGAUUGCGACCUCCUCGUGCGUUCCUCAUGCAAAAUCACUAAGGCUGGGAUUGGAGGCCCCCUUGUUACUCUGGAUGGGGAUGUUCUUGGCAUGAACUUCUAUGAUAAGGAAAUAGGAACCCCUUUCCUGUUAUGGGGGAACAUCUGUGAGAUCUUAGAAUCGUUCAAGUUAAGAAGUAAGGCUGGAGAAACUGAGAGUGAUCCCUCUGGUACGCCUUUCUGGAAAACAGAUAAGGAUCCCGCAACUAGGUUAAACAGGUGGCCUGUGACCAUGCCAUGUUGGCGUCUUUCUGAUGACGUGGAGAAGGAUAAACCUGAUGAUGAUGUGGGCGUGUACUCCGAGUACAGCUACGAUAAGGGAAAGAAAAUCCUAAAACUUUAGAUGCAGUCACACCCUACGAAAAGGGGAUUAGUGAGAGUACGCGUUGGAUUCGAGAUACAUGGAUGAUGGAAUAAUGAGUGAAGUGAAAUGAACGGGCGUUCUUAUUUCGGUCAUAUGAACUGUCACAUGCUUUCUGAUUCUGCAGCGCUAUACCAGCGUAUAUGACCUUUUUCCACUUCA